CAUGAAAAUUAGGAUUAACAAAUUACGAGGAUCUUUCUUCUAUCAACGACCAUCGUUGUGUUGUGCGUGUCUCUUCCACGGUGACCGAUCGCCAUGAACAUUUUCUCCAAGAAACCCACUGCCAAAGAGGCCCUUCGUGAGAGUAAACGAGAAAUGGCAAACGCCACUAGAGGUGUGGAAAAGGAAAUUGGAGCACUACAAUUGGAAGAAAAGAAGCUUCUUGCUGAGAUAAAAAGAACUGCUAAGACAGGCAAUGAGGCAGCUACUAAAAUUCUAGCACGCCAGUUGGUCAGGCUUAGGCAACAAAUUGCCAAUCUUCAAGGUAGUAGAGCUCAGAUGAGAGGCAUAGCAACUCACACGCAGGCGAUGCAUGCCCAUUCUUCUGUUGCUGCUGGCAUGAAAGGCGCUACAAAGGCAAUGGCAGCUAUCAAUAAGCAAAUGGAGCCAGCUAAGCAAGCUAAAAUUAUACAGGACUUCCAGAAACAAUCAGCACAGAUGGAUAUGACUACUGAAAUGAUGUCAGAUGCCAUAGAUGAUGCCUUGGACGAUGAUGAAGCUGAAGAGGAAACCGAUGAACUGACAAAUCAGGUGCUGGAUGAAAUUGGUGUGGAUGUUGCCUCACAGUUAUCAGCAGCCCCCAAAGGGAGAAUUAGAACAAAGAAUACUGAAGAUGUUAGCAGCUCGGGCAUUGACGAACUUGAGAAGCGUUUGGCAGCUCUUAGAAACCCUUAAUUUUUUGGCUGGGAUCGUGAUAGUUUUAAACAAAAAUUCAUUCCUGGAUCAUGUUUUACAGGGAUUUGACAAGUUGAGUGUGUACAUAUACAUCUUUGAUAUUAUCAUGUAGGAAUGAUGAUAUAUCAAAAUUGCUGAGAUGGCAAUUUACCAGUAGAAGUUCUAGUUGGGGACAUAAAGAAUAAUAAAUAGUCCUAAGUUUGAUGCUAUUUUUAUGCAAACUGCCACGUUGAUUAAUGCUGAGCUGGCCGAAAAAAGCUUUUA